GUGGGCGACCCCCGAGAGGGGAACCUGGACCUCCGGCGCGCUGCUGCUCAUGACUUGUACGGGAAACGAAAGCGUGCCGCCGAUUCCAGUGCCGAGGAGCAGAAUUAUUUGGGCAUUCAUCUGAACGGAGGAAUCAAGAAAAACAAUGUCCGUCACUGAGGAAGACCUGUGUCACCACAUGAAGGUUGUAGUUCGUGUGCGUCCUGAAAACACAAAAGAAAAGGCAGUUGGAUUUCAUAAAGUGGUCCAUGUUGUAGAUAAGCAUAUCCUAGUGUUUGAUCCCAAACAAGAAGAAAUCAGUUUUUUUCAUGGCAAGAAAAUUAUUAAUCGAGAUACAACAAAAAGACAAAAUAAGGAUCUUAAGUUUGUCUUUGAUGCUGUUUUUGAUGAAACUUCAACUCAGUUGGAAGUUUUUGAAAACACUACUAAGCCAAUUCUUCGAAGUUUUUUGAAUGGAUAUAAUUGCACAGUCCUUGCAUAUGGUGCUACUGGAGCUGGGAAGACCCACACGAUGCUAGGCUCUGCUGCAGAACCUGGAGUGAUGUACCUCACAAUGUUAGAUCUUUACAAAUCCAUGGAUGAGAUUAAAGAAGAGAAAGUAUGUAGUACUGCAGUUUCUUAUCUGGAGGUAUAUAAUGAACAGAUUCGUGACCUCUUAGUAAAUUCAGGACCACUUGCAGUCCGGGAAGAUGCCCAGAAAGGGGUGGUUGUUCAGGGUUUGACUUUACACCAGCCUAAAUCUUCAGAGGAAAUUUUACAGCUACUGGAUAACGGAAACAAAAACAGAACACAACAUCCUACAGAUAUGAAUGCUACAUCUUCUCGUUCUCAUGCUGUUUUCCAGAUUUAUUUGCGACAGCAAGAUAAAACAGCAAGCAUAAAUCAAAAUAUCCGUAUAGCCAAGAUGUCACUCAUUGACUUGGCAGGGUCUGAGAGAGCCAGUACUGCCAAUACUAAAGGGACCCGCUUUAUAGAAGGCACAAAUAUCAAUCGAUCACUUUUAGCUCUUGGGAACGUCAUCAAUGCCUUAGCAGAUUCGAAGAGGAAGAAUCAGCAUAUUCCAUACAGAAAUAGUAAGCUUACUCGCUUGUUAAAGGAUUCUCUCGGAGGAAACUGUCAAACUAUAAUGAUAGCUGCUGUUAGUCCUUCCUCUGUGUUCUACGAUGACACAUAUAACACUCUCAAGUAUGCUAACCGUGCAAAGGACAUUAAAUCUUCUGUGAAGAGCAAUGUUCUUAACCUCAACAAUCAUAUAACUCAAUAUUUAAAGAUCUGUAAUGAGCAGAAACAAGAGAUUUUAAUGUUAAAGGAAAAACUAAGGAUCUAUGAAGAACAGCAAGCAUUUACUGAUGACAAUAAAGCAAAGUUAAUGAUUUCAAACCCUCAGCAAAAAGAAAUUGAAAGAUUUCAAGAAAUUCUUAACUGCUUGUUCCAAAAUCGAGAAGAAAUCAGGCAAGAAUAUCUGAAGUUGGAAAUGUUACUUAAAGAAAAUGAGCUUAAAUCAUUCUAUCAACAACAGUGCCACAAGCAGAUAGAAAUGAUGUGUUCAGAAGACAAAGUAGAAAAGGCUACUUGCAAACGAGAUCAUCGACUUGCAAUGUUGAAAACUCGUCGCUGCUACCUAGAAAACAAAAGAGAGGAAGAAAUGAAGCGAUUUGACGAGAAUACUAGUUGGCUCUGUCGUGUCGAAAAUGAAAUGUCACUCAUAGAUCAGAAUGGUCAUAUUUCGAAGGAACUCAAAAAAGAUCUUUAUUGUCACCAUUUGCACCUCCAGAACAAAGAUUUGAAAACACAAAUUAAGCAUAUGAUAGAUCUGGCUGGUCUUCAAGAACAGCAACAUAGGCAGACUGAGGCAGUUUUGAAUGCCUUACUUCCAGCCCUAAGAAAACAAUAUUCUACCUUAAAAGAAGCUGGCCUGUCAAAUGUUGCUUUUGAAACUGACUACAAAGAAAUUGAACAUUUAGUAGAGAGGAAAAAAGUGGUAGUUUGGGCUGACCAAACUACUGAACAUACAAAACAAAAUGGUCUGCCAGAGGUUUCUGUUCUUAUGAACUUUCCACAGCUCAGACCAGUUGAACCUAUUCUUUGCACAUCUUCAAGUCAAUCUAAUGUACUUAAAAUUCCUCCACAAAAACGAACCAGAAGAAAAUUAAUGCCUUCUCCUUUGAAAACAAAACAUACACAAACAUCUGCGGUUUCUGAAAGUAUGAAGCUCAAUGAUUCACUCAGCAAAGAACUUGAACCUAUUGUGUAUACACCCGAAGACUACAGAAAAACAUCUCAAAAUUCAUCUACAGUGCCCUUAUUAAAACCACCAUCGCUUACAACAGAUUAUCAGUCCAGUAGUUCAAACAUAAAUGGUGAUAGUUCUCUGAAAAUAUUAUGUGAAGUAGAUAAUCCUCUCAGCAGGACUAAAGAAUAUGAACAAGAGGAUUUGGACUCUACGUUUAUUAUAUGCAAAGACAGUACCUUGACAAGAAAAUUACCUGAACAAGAAUCACUAUUGAAUGAUAAUAUUUUACAAAGACUAGCCCCUUCAUUUUCAUCUAAACAUCCUUUACCUAACUCAAGUGUACUACCAUCCUACAUGGCAAUGACUGCUGCCGCCAAAAGAAAACGGAAGCUCACAAGUUCUGCGUCAAGUACAUCAGUAACUGCUGAAGUAAAUUCUGGAUUUGCCAAACGUAUUCGACAAGAUGCUUCAACUGAUAAGCUCUUACAAGAAAACAGACCAGUGACAGAAUAUAGAAGAAACAUCAAUAAAAUAAAGCCAAGCAUGGUUAGACAAUUUGGAAGGAAUAUUUCAAAAGAAAAUUUGAGAUAAGCCAUUUAAAAAUCAACAAAAAUGAAACUGACAGUCUACUUUUUAAAAGAAUUUGUUGACAGUGCCCUUCGAAAUUUUAUUUUAAAUCUUUGAAAGAAGGACAUUUUGAAGCAAGAUUUACCUAAUACAUUUUUUUUUUCAGGCAGAAAAUACAAUUGUUUUUUUAAAUGUUGACUCUAAGCAAAUAAAAACUUUCAACAGAAAAAGUUUUUAUUUUCGAAAAAUAUUCACUGUCCUUCAUAAGACCUUAUAAGUCAGCGUGGUGGCAGCUUAGUGAAAAUGUGCUAAGACAUGUUGGUUAGGACAUUUUAGAAAAUAACAGUGUUUUAAAUUACCUGUACUACUUUUUAAAAUAAGGAAAAUUUAAAAAUGAUCAAUUACGCCCCAGAAUGUCUCUGGCUUUCCCAUGUUUUCAAUCAUAUGUAAGACUUUCUUUAAAAAAGUAUUUUGAUGUAUAAAUGUA